AUGGUUGUUCCGCCCGAAUAUCCCACUGCUGAAAACGGGUCUCAAGAGUUCGUUGAAGUCAAAUGGUCUCCGCACUUGGCCAAUGUACGACGAGACAAAUUGCGCUCCCUGACGCAACUAUUCUUUUCCGUAUGGGACAGUGAAGUUGACGCAAGUGGUAUCGUACGCGCCAAUCAAAUAUCAAACCGUAGCCUGGAUACAAGCGAAUUGGAGGACACCGAUCGCUUCAGUCAAUCUGCACCGUCCAAUUUAUCUCCUACUUUUAGCCAAUUUCAUCAACCAGUCGGUGCAAUGGUGUCCCAGCUCUCGAGUGUAGUUUCCUCAGCUGCGGCGGCAAUGAUGAGCGGAUUGACAAAACCACUUUCCGGGUCACAUUCUGUCUCCGAGUCGGAGAAUAUCUGA